CCAGCAGUAGCGAGGAGUACUUUGUGCGGUGAGGUGUUUCAUUAGCGUAGUCAAUAGUUCAUACGAUCGACGACUAUCCGCCGUUGUUGAUAGCUACGAGUCCGGAACGAUACUGCUGCUGCUGAGCGCUGAAACGGUGUGCGAAUUCUUCGGGGUUUUGUUCUUCGCCUGCUGCGGUGAGUCCUUAUUCUCGGGGAUUGUUUUGAGGGAGUUGCAUUGCCCCCGUUCGUUCGCUCGCUCGCUCAUUCGAUUCGUCGUCGUUCGCAUCGCACUCGCUCGCGCGGAAUCGAAGCAAGCCGGUUUUUCGCGAAGGGACUCCAAGGGGGGCCUCCAGCAGAACUUGAACUUGCAAAAAAGCCGGCUUGUUGUCGCGCAGGUUGGACCACUUGCUCGCUCGUCGCUCUCACUGUGCUCGCGAGUUUUGUGCCGGGUUCUCAUGCUUUUUGGUUUUGUGCAUAUGUUUCUUUGGGACGGUAUUCGGCAGGCACAGCCACAGGCCGAUUUGUGUAGAGUGAGUGUUUCAAGAUUUUGGGCAGUAGUGGAGGAAAACGAAAACCCUUGCCGUUCGCGUUGUCGGUCGCUGUUGUAGAGCCUCCUAGCCUUGCCUUGCGCGUAUGCCGGUUGAUCGGAUCUUGCGCAUUUUCGCAUCAGACUUCUCACGCUGCGGACGUGUGAAACCGGUGUGUAGUAGUAGAGAGAGUAGGAGCAGGAGUCCCCAAAAAACACACAGUCUCUGUUUGCAUCAACGAAGGCUGUGCGAAUCUCCGUGCGUGCGUGCGUACGUACGUCAGGCCGUUCGUUCGUGCGUGCAUUGAACACUCCUCUGCUGCAGUUGCGUUGUUGGGAGUGCGUUGAUGAGUGCGAUAAGAAUCGGGAGAUAAACAAUAGAACUCAGUAGGCGAUUUUUCGAUUUGGGAUGAUUUUUUGAGUGAUUCGCGUUCAAGGCCUACUUCGCAACCUAGAUCGGGAUUUUUGUGCAUUGGCCUGCUGAGAGUGGUGAACAGUUAUGCACAACGGGUUUUUGUUGGCACUAUUGUGAUUGGGUUCGCUCAUUGUUUUCCUUGUCAGCGGUAGUGUAUUGUGAAGAAACCUGGGAAGAACCGUUAGGUGAUCUUUGAACCGUAGUGAUUCCAACUGGAAACAAGGACUGUCGAAGAAGCACUCGGAAGAAGAACAGUGUGUCGAGCGAACGUUCCGCCCAAGAAAGAUUUCUGCGAAGCAUAUGUGAAGAGAGAAGUGAUUUUUUACGAAACAACCUGUGAAUAUUCGGUCAAUUUCAGAGAGAAGAUCAAAGGCAGUGAUUCAAAAGUGAUUUCGGGGGUGUCGAUUCUCGGUUUUCGGUUUGAACGGAUCCGGUUUCGUCGGUUGUCUCGGUGUCCGGGCUGCGAGAAACAAUGGACCUACUGUGCACAGAAAGCAUCAAUAGUGUAUCAGAGGUAGGCGGCGAUCAGCUCAACGGCAGUUCCGGACCACAGCAGACACCGAUGGAAGUUCGUCUCAACACGGCAGUGAAGGAUCCCACGUUUCUCGACGAUCGCUGCUUGGAAAAUCUACUGAAAUCAGAGGAACGUCAUGCCUGCCAGCACAGCAACUACUUUGCCACGGUGCAGAAGGACAUCACACCGGACAUGCGCCGGGUUGUCGCAGAAUGGAUAAUCGACCUAUGUGAAGAGCAAAACUGCCAGGAAGAGGUCGCCCUACUCGCACUCAGCUAUAUGGAUCGGUUUCUCAGCUUGAUCCCGAUCCGCAAGACACACCUACAGAUCCUGGCCACGGCUUGCCUCCUGCUGGCGUCCAAACUCCGGGAACCGAACUACAAAGCCCUACCGGUGGAGCUGCUAGUAUUCUACACCGACCACAGUAUCACCAAAAAGGAUCUGAUUCGAUGGGAACUGCUGGUCCUGAGCCGGCUAAAGUGGGACGUCUCCACCGUGACGCCGCUGGACUUUCUGGAACUGUUCCUGUGUCGGCUACCGAUCGAGAACCGAAAGUGUCACGACAUUAGCGUAGAGAAGGUGCGGAAGCACGCGCAGGCCUUCAUCUCCCUAGCGGCGAGAGAACAUUAUUUUUCCAAUUACACUGCCAGCACGGUGGCAGCCUCCAGUAUUGCGGCGUCGCUCAGCGGACUCAAGUGGGACCUGCGCAGCGGCCAAUCGAUUAGCUAUCUAGUGAAUAGGUUUACCGAUCUGACCGGGAUCGAGCAGGAAUUCAUCUGUGAAUGCAUGGACAAAAUGGAGGCGCUCUUCCAGGAGCAGCGCCGCCGAUUACCCCAAUCAAUGCACAUAACCUCGGCGACGGCCACCAUCGUGUCGCAACACCUCCAGCAGCAGCAACAACAACCCUGCGCCAACUUCAAGUGCAGUUCCACGACUCCGACGGACGUCAUCGAGUUGUGAGAAACAGCUCCAAUCUAAUCCAAUCCACUCGCUCCUCAUCCUAAUCGUUUCACGUUAUAAAAGUCUAAAAAAGAGAGUGAGAGAAAGAGAGAAAACAAAUCAUCCUUCGCGCGGACGGAAGCAAGUUCGCGGAUUCGCAUCGAGGCGGCGCUCGGGAGCGCGCGGCGCAAGAAACGCGCAUCGCACAAGCGCAAAAACUGGAUUUUUUUAGGUGCUAUAUUUUUUUUACAAUUAAAUUUAAGAGCGAAACAAACGCAGAAUUUAGAGCAUCCGCAGGCGGCGGAUCGCCCCCCGAUUUCAGCAGAGAGAUACGGAGCAAACACCAAGUGAGGUUAGGUGCGGAUGACGCGCGCGCACACGUGCUCUUGGCGCUGUGGUCGACGCAAAAAGUGAAUUUUUCGAGAGAGAUCGCAACGCGGAGAAACACAAAAAAGAGAAAAAACCACACCGAGAGAAAUUUGUCAACCCCCUUUUUUCGAGGAACGUAUUACACAAAGUGCAUGUGUAUGAACGAAGUUCAGCGGUAAAGCAUCGGUUAAAAGUGAGGUUAAGAUUCCGGAGCGGAACGCACGCAGUUUAACACCUACACAAACACAGACGUGAGAUUGAGAGCCAUUCUAUAGUAGUAGUAGUAUGUAGUCGUCUAGUUAGGGAGUGAAUGUGAAUGCAGUAAGUGAAGCGCAAUUAUCGUACAGCAUAUCGGUAAGGUUGAAACUGUUACAAUUUUUUUUUUCUGAUUAGUAUCUGUGUACAUAUAUUAUAUUAUUAUAUUGUUAGAAGUUAGAAAGCAACAGUCAUUGAAGCUGCAAAAAAGCAACUUUGAACACAAACUUUGAAUACAAAUUGAAGAAAUUUACACAAAAAGAGAAGAAGAGAAAAUAUCAUCCGACAUUACUGAAGAUUUCCGAGCGAGUUUUUUGACCAGUGUGCAGUGUGGUAGGGAGUUUGAGUUCCGAAGUAAACAAAAAAAAAAGUCAAAAAAAUCACAAAAAAAGCAACCGGACGGCGAAGCUUUUAGUCUAGUCUGUAAAAAGAGAGGUGUCGAGGGGGUCGCUGUUGCUGCUGCUCGACGUAUGUCGUGGAAAGAGAAAGGAAUUCGCCGCCCGGUUCGGUCCCUUCCGCCCGAACUGGUUGGGUCGACGCACCGGAAGGGCCCAGUAGAGGCCGUCGAAGUAGCCUCGAAGCUAAAAACCAGUUCCUCUAGUGGCGGUAUCACCCUAUCGUAGAUGCUUAUCAAAAUGGCGGAUAUUUGCUUGCUGGACUGAUGGAGAGCAAUCUUGAUGCUUGAGUGAAAUUUGCUUAGCGUGCAGUCGUGAUUUAUGGUAAGUAGGGAUGUCCAUGUUUUUAACCAAUCGAUCUAAAUUGUUUUAGUAAUUUGGGAAAGGAGAAUUGGCUUCUUUAGCGGUGUUCAGAUAAUAACAUAUUCUAAAUCUGCAUGCCAAACUGAGCCGAAAUCCAAAUUUUGAUGUUUUUUUUAUGCCCGGGAACCUAUUUAAAAAUCAGUUUGAAGUUAUUUAAAAAAUCAAUUUGAAGUUUGUAUGAGAGCGAUUCGUUGAAUUACCCCUCGUCAGAUUUUGUACUGGGCGGAGCUGUCAAACAGUUGCCCAGCUGUCAGAAAGUGAUAUAUAAAAAUCCACAGGAGUUCCUUCUGGGAUUGACCCAAAUUAAUCCAGAAAUUUAUUCGUUAUUUACCGCAGAUGUUUGUACGGAAAUCCCAAGAUUUUUUUAUUCUUAAAUUCCACCACAAAUUCCUUCUGGGAAUCCAUAGAAUUACUUCACUCUAGAGGGUCUUUCUGAGAUUCCUCCAAGUACAUUUCUAUGAUUUCGUUGGUUUAUUUUGCAGCUUUUCACGAGAAGCUUUUGUUUGCAUACUUGAAAGAGUUACUGAGCCCUGGGAUUUCUUCAAGACUUUCUUCUGAUUAUCAACCAGAUGACCCUUCUCAAACUAGUUUUAGAGUUUCCCGUGCAGCAGUUUUCCAAUAAUUGGGUUUUUAAAUUUUGAAAAAUGUAUCGAUUAUUUAAUUUUAUAUGAAAGAGCACCUUUUUCUGGGCUACUAUGAUUUUUUUCAGAUUUUUAGAACUUUAUUUUGAUACCAAAAAUCAAUUUCAAAGAGGUUCUUUUAUAAUAUCACCUUUUGACAGCUGGGCUUGACAGCUCCGCUCAGUACAAAAUGCAACGAGAGGUGAUUCGACAAGUCGUCCCCAUAUAUACUUCAAAUCGAUUUUUAAAUAGGUUCCCGGGCACCAAAAUUCAUGAAAAUUUGGAUUUCGGCUCAGUUUUGCGUGCAGACUCAGAAUAUGGGAUCAUCUCAAUAUCGUUAAAGAAGCCAAUUGGCAUUCCUUGAAAAACGUAUUUUGGGUUUUGACCAAGAGAUGCUCUUGAAAUUCCUCCAGAAGUUCCUUCUGAGAUUCUCCCUGAUGAUUUUUUUUUCAGAAAUUUCUCCAGGAGUUUUUCCGGGAGUUUUUAAGUGUUCCUACGGAAAUUCUUAUUUCUGAAAUUCCGUUGGAGAUUCCUCUAGGAGAAGCCUGAGAUUCUUCCAAGAGUUUGUCUGACGCUGUCAAAAGUUCCUUCUGAUAUUGUUCGAAAAAUUCUUUGUGUCAUCCUUCUGGGAUUUGUACAGAAGAUUGCAAAGCAGAAAACCUCUGACACUUUUAGGAUUCGUCCAGGAUUUUUUUCGGGAGUCUCCUCUGGGAUUCUCCCAAGAGUUACUUCUGGGAUUUCAGCAGGAGUUCCUUUUUGAAUUUAUCCACAAAUUGGUUCUUGGAUUGUUCAGAAGUUCCUUCUGGAAAUUGCCACAAAAAUCCUUCUGAAAACCCUCUAGGAUUUCUUAGUAGAAAGUUCCGUUUGGGAAUCUUCCAUGAGUUUUUUUCUUCUAAGAAUCCUGCAGGAAUUCCUUGUGUAUACACCCGAUUCUUUUUUUACACGGGUCUGGUUGUUGCUACCACUCAGUCAACUUUCAACCGAUACUUAUGAAAUUUUGUACACAUGUGGACACGAUUAGUACUAUCAGUGUACAAUAUUUCAUAAGAAUCGGUUCAAAAUUUACUGAGUUAUAGCAAAAUAAUGACCUGUGCAAAAAAUAAUCGGGUGUAUCCUCCAGCAGUCUUUUUUAGGAUUUUUCAGAAGGUUUUUAGGAAUUUUCCAGGAACCGCUGAUGAAAUCGAGCUCCUGAAUUGAUUCCCAGAUAACAUUUUUGGAGUAAUCCCAUAGAAAACUUGUGCAGGAAGUCCCAGUGAAAUUUCUGGAGAAUUUCCCAGAUAAAUCACCAGAAGGAAUCGAUGAAAUUUGCGAAAGACAUUCCUUAAACCACAUUUAAAGAGGAUUAUCGGGUAACUUUGUUUUGGUUUUGCGAUAGUAUCAGGGUAAAAACGGCAGGAUUCCGGAGAAAGUCUUCUGGGAUUCCUCUAUAUGUUUCUUCUGGAUUUCUUCAUGGGAUUCCUGCAAGAGUUUUUCCGUGACUCUAUCGAAAACUCUGAGAGCAUUCCUUUUGACAUUCUAUCCUUCUGGGACUGCGCACCGGAAACUGCAAAGCCAAAAAACAAUCGCAUCUUCUAGGAUUCGUUCCGAUUAUUUUCCAGGAGUUCCUAAAAGAGUUACAUCUAGAAUAUCGGCAGGAGUUUCUUUAGGAUUCCACCAGGCGUUCCAUCUGUACUUCAUCCAUAAUUAAUCCAAGAGUUUAACGGCAAGAGCCAAAAAGAGAUUAACUCUAGGGGCAAACCAAAGUGUCUUGAGGAAUCGUCUUCAGAAAUUCUCCUGGAGUUUUUACUGGCUUUCCUUCAAAAGCUUCUGGAAAUCCUCCAGGUCUUUUUUCUCGGAAUCGUCCAGAACUUCCUUCUGGAAGUAGUCCAGGAGUUCAUUGUGGGUAGUUGCCUUUGGGAAUCUUCCAGAAGUGUUUUUUUAUAAAUCUUUCAGGAGUCAUUUUUGAGAUUUUUCUAGGAGUUCCUUCUUGAAUUCCUUAUGGAAAUCUUCCAGGAUUUUUUUCUAGACAUCAUUUAGGAGUUUUUUCUAGGAUUAUUUCAAAUGAUUCUUUUGGGAAUCCUCCAGGCGUUCAUUUUGGUAAUCCUUCAGUGGCUGUUGCAAAAAUCUGUAGAUGAAUUGGAUUGAUUCCCAAGAGAUGAACCAGCCUAGGGCUGAAAAUCUCUAUAAUAAAGAAAUAAUAAUAAUAAUAAUUGAUUCCCAAAAGAAACUCUCGGAGUAACCUUAUGAUAUACUUUUAUAGGAAUCCGUGAAGGAACUUCUGAAGCAAUUCCUGGAGAAAUUUCCAAAAGGAAUUAAUCCAGAAUUAUGAAGCAAUAAACUGAAGGCUUCCGUGGAAAAAUCCCGAAAAAAAAAACGGGUAUCACACAUGGAAUACCGUGCGGCUUGAGGAACCUCAGCAGAAUUUCUUGAAGGAAUCUUGAAAGAUAGAGUUCUUAGAAGAAUUCUUAUAUUACUCUAAGUAUUAAAUGAAAAAUUUUGUACACAAAAACUUGAAUGCGAACUUUUCCAGGGGUUCGAUGAGAAAUUUCAUGAAGUUGUUCUCCAGAUAUACCAUUGAGAUGUAGCAUUCACGUAUGUAAAUAAUCAGAUUUGUUUUGCGGGUUUCUUUUAGGAAUCUUCCCAAAGUCGAGUCAAGUACAAGACACUGAAGGCGACCUUACAGUUGAGGUCGAAAUACGUAUCUGUCAAAAGAUGCAAAUUCUUAGUGGAAUUCAAAGGAACAGUACUUAACGCGAUUUUCUUUUUAUUUAUCUUCCCAAAGAUUACUCCACUAUUUUGAACGAUAGUCCCCGCCGGAAUUCCUGAGCAGGAACGAAUAACUGACACAUAACUGCAGCAUACCAAAGUCAGGUAUCAUACCAAGACAAGGUAUGGGUCGGUUACCCAGGUAUUGAAAAUAACUUACUUUGGUAUUUUGUAGGUAUUGAUAUAAUACCUCAACGAGUUAUUGGUUUGGUGUUGAGGACUGCUUGACGUAUUACUCAAUUAUGGAAAAAUCGCUAUUUGUAUAGAAAAAUCGCCGAUUAUUAUUUAGGUAUUGCAAUACGUGAUGUCAUUAUUCACUAGUUAUGCAAAGAAUACACUCCAGUUAUUAUUUGAGGUAUUUUACCUCUUAUGCAGGGCUAAUUAAUAACUCAUUCAGGUUGUAGGUAUUGGGUUUUCCAUACCUGAGAUUGUUAUUCCUCAGCUAUUUUCUCCUGCUCGGAUUCCCCAGUGCUUUCUCCUGUAAUCGCUUCAAUUUGGAAAUACAGUGAUGACCCGAUUUGGUCUACUCUCGAUUUUGUCAGCUUUUUGAACAAGAGAAAUAAAAGUGUUUUUCACUCAGCAUUGCCAUUUUAUAAUCAAUAUCAAUAAAAUUGAUGAAUUUUGAAGUCGUAUAUUAAUUAAAGUAAGGUAGUAAGCUAGGGCAAGACAAAUCUAACGAGAGAAUUUUUUUUAUCUGUAUUAACGAGAUUUUUAGCCCUAGGCUAGUUCAUCUCGGGACCCACACUUUACUUCCCUUCCGAAGGAAGAACUCACAUUUUGCGAGCUUGUCGGGAGUGGGAUUCGAUCCCAGGUCCUCGGCGUGAUAGUCAAGUGCUCUAACCAUCACACCAGAUCCGCUCCACGAGAGAAAAUUGGUGUUCGAAGUGUUGUUCAGAAUUCCUCACAGUUACUCAGAUUUUCUCCUAUUCAUACCAAAGUGUGAUCUAGCACCAAUGUCAAACUGCCAAGUGUUGCGUGUGAUGAAUGAAAAUUACAGUUUUGGGGAUGUCUUUCAACAAAUUUUGUCGAUCAUCGAUAAAAAGAGUAACACCGAAAUUCUCAGAGGUGCUCUCGUCUGUACAGUGUCUUGCCCCUAAGUAAGUCAGACAAUCUGAAACAUGUGACGCUGUGGGGUAGAAAUGACUUCUUUAACUAAACCUCGUCCCAAUAUGCAAAAUUUACUCCUUUUUUUCAGAGAUGCCUCCAGGGAUGUCUCUUAAAACAAUUGAGGACCGGUCAUAACCCACCAGGAUUUUUAGGGGGAGAGAGAGGGGGGCUGGCCAAUGUCUUCGUCCCAUACAAAUUUUUAAAUGUUUGUAUUAACGAAAGUCUUCGAGGAUGGAGGGGGUCGGAAAUGAUCAAAAUUUGAUCUACGUGGUUUAUGAAUGACCUAUUGCAGCGGUUGUUACAUUAAUUAAUGCAUGAAUUUCACGACUGGGAUUGCUUGAGGAGUUUUCCGGGUUUCUCGCAGUUUUUUUCCAGGGAUUUCACCAUAAAUUUUUCUUGGAAUUCCUUCCAGAAUUCGUAUUGAAAACCCUUCAGGAAUUCGUGGUGAAACUUCUCCAGAAAUUCUUGCUACGAUUCCUCCAGAAAUUUCUGCUGGUGCUCCUCCAGGAGUUUUUCCGUAAUUCUUUAUAACAUUAUUCUUCCUGUGGUAUCUCCAAAAACAUUUUUUGAGAGUUCUAUAGACACUUCCGCUAGGUUUUCCCCAGAAAUUCUUGCUGAUAUUAUUGCAGAACUUUUCCCAGGAAUAUCUACAGAAGUGCCUGUAUGUUGGAUGUAUGCUGGAUGUAUCCAAAAAUAUUUUUCUAGAAUUUCUUACUAGGAUUUCUCCUGGCAUUCGUGCUAGAAUUUCUCAAGUCAUUUCUGCUGGGGUUCCUCCAGGAAUUGCUCCAGAUAUUGUUACAAAAAUAAAAGAAAUUAAUUAUUACAACGUAUUAACACUUCACGAUACACAUAGAACCUUACAAAUGCACAAAUUAGGAACAUCACAAAUUGACGCAGCACAACACAUAACAUAAAUGUGCCCUGUCAUCCAGAUGGAUAACUCCUUCCGAUCACAGGAUGACGAGGUUUCAUGCAUUGGUUUGGGUCCAUCAGUCAUCCUGGAAUUGUAUUUUAUUUGGCAGUAUGCCUUUUAGUUCACAGCAUUUGUUGCUGUGUUCAUAGCUUGGUUUUGUUUAGGAAAACUUAUGCUAAUCGGGCAUCCCGUUUCGGGUUUCGAUACUUGAGCUCAAUAACUUGAAGUCCGUGGCAGGGAAAGGUUUUUGUCUCUAGUACUUGACCUCUGCCCGAAAUGGCCUGAAAGUUGGCAAUCAAUAUUGGAUUGCAUUUCAUGGGCCUCUAUUUUUCCUGAACCCUAUAAAUGUGUAUUAAAACUCGGGGAAUAUUUACAAGUUAAAAUAAAACAUAUAACACAAAUAGCGCACGAAUAUAGAAUUUAUAACAGAUUUAACAAUUAUUCUGUCUUAUAAUUGUAACAAAUAUUUCUGGCGUUCGAUUUGAAUAGGUCGUAUGUUUGCUGUGAUUCCUAUGUAGAUUCGACCUAUUCAAAUCGAACGCCUGAUUUAUACCCGUAACAAUAUUCCACCAGAACUUUUUUCAGAAACUCCUCCGUGAAUUUCUCUAAGCAUUUCAUGGAAUCCUAACAAAUAUCCGAAGUUUGCAAUUGAGAUUCCUUCAGAAAUUUCACAAGGAAUUCAUCCGAUAACUCCUUUAGAGGCUUGUACGAAAAUUACUUCGGGAUUCCUCCGGAAUCCCUACAGGGUCGAAAAUGUAAUUUUCGAGAAAUUUCCCUACAAAAUUCUUUCAGGGAUUCCUCCACAAACUUUACCUGUAACCAGAUGGAGAUUUCAUAGUGAAUUCUGCAAGUCUAGAACCUAGAAGCUGUUUAGCGACAAGCUUGCAACGAACAUAGUGCCACCAUCUUUCAAGUAUGGACAGGUACCUUCUUGACGGUGGUAUUUGUUUCCAAGACUCAAACCAUUAUUUCCGAGAUUCUUAAGGAUUCCUGAAUUCCUUUCCAGAAGUUUUGCCUGAAGUUUUCGCUGUAUUACUCCUAGAAUCUUUCGUGGAUUUUUUUCCGGAAUUCCUUCUGCGUUUUGCCCACAGACAUUUUCGUUUCUCUCAGGAUAUUCCUCAGAUGUUGUCGCGGAGUUUCUCCUAGUUUUAGAAGUUUAAAAAAAUCUGUAGGGACUGCUCCUGAGAUUUCUUCUGAAGCUUCCCCUGCAAUUUCUUCCAGGAAUGUCCGUGAGCUGUCUUCUAGGAUUGCUCCUUGAAUUUUCAUAGGCGUUUCGGACGGAUAUUUCCGUUGAAGGUUCUCGCGGGAUUGCUUUUGAAGUUUUACCUCAGAUUUCUCUCGAAGUCACUGCCUGGACUUCCUUUCGGAGAAAAAUUCUUCCGGUAGGAAAUUUCUGCAUAAACUUUUGCUGAUAUUGCUCAUGGAGUGCUUCCUUGUAGCUGUUUAACGGAUUUUUUUGCAAUGACACUCCCGAGAGUUUUUUUUUUAAAUUUUCCUUUGGAAUAUUCCCAGAACAGAACUCUUCCCGGAAUUUCCAUAGGAAAUUGUCCCAAGAUUGUGAGUGCUCGUUUUGGAAAUUCUAUAAUAGUUGGAAGUUCUAUAAUCAUCGGAAAAAAUCAAGACGAAAUCUCGUGAGAACAUCCGCAAAGGACUGUUGGAGAAAUUUCGCAGUGGAACUUCGGAAAAUAAUUCGAGAAAUUGGAGCAUGGAAAAAAAGAUCUGGGAGUACUUCAGAAUGGAAUGAUGAACUUUGAAAACUUGUAAGAGAAAUGCUGCAGAAACUCUGCAAGCAUAUCCAGCCAUUCGGUCAACUCGUGAUUAAUUCUACUAGAGCAAAGCGUCAUGUUCUUCCUUUCUGGCAGAUAGCAUGAAGGUCUUGGAAUAGAAAUUCAUCAUUGGUUGCCAAGAUCUGACCUACUUAAGUACUCCAUCACCAACUGGAACGUCUCAAGUUAAUCUCUGAGCUGCCUCAGAUGAUAUGGUGAGCAUGAGCAUCACUGCCAACAAUUAAGGGCAGAGGCCUAUUGAAGUACAGUAUGCGAUGACAUGUUUGAAAGCACCCAUAAGGGACGGUUCAUCAUGCGGUAAAUAAACUGACAAUAGACGUAUUUUCUGUUGAGGUUUCCAACAGAUACAUCAAUUGUGAUAGCACAUACAUCUCUGGUGAUUGCGUUGUUGACAAGCACACAUGUUCGAGGCAUGACACGUGAGUUUGCCAUUUCAUUUUUACUGAAAGUAGCAAAUACCGGGCUCACAAGGUUUCCUAGAUAGAAAUUCCCCUAACUAAAGUAAGGUUCUUGGGCUAAGGCACUUGCGCUUUACCAUUUUGCAUAAGUCUGCAAACAUUGUGAUUUUUUUAAUCGAUUUUCUGAUCAAUAAUUUUAUUGGACAUCCCUACUUUUGGUAAGCUAAACAAACGACACGCUGAAAACAAACUACUCAGGAAGUCAACAAUUCCAAUUUAUUUGUUCAGAAAAAAAAAUACCUAAACCUGCAUAGAGUACCUAAAAUUACUAAUUUGAAACAAAAUGCUAUAACAUCAUUUUAUAAUGUCACUUUGGAAAGUUCUCACUCUCUACCUCUCAGUGCAGACACUGAGUGAAAAAAAAUGAUCGAUUUCCUUAACAUGAAAAAGUAAAACAACUAAUAAUAAUGCAAACAAAGCCAGCGACUACACAUCUGCGAAGGCCGAGUCAAAUCCCUAAAUGUCGCAAUGGCUACUCGGUUAAUGAAACUAGAGAAAAAAAGAAUUAAAAUUAAACAUUCUUAAAUGGGGAAAGCAUUCUAUUACGCUUUUUUGUUACAGUUUAUGUUUUCGCCACCGCCUACUAUUUCGGUUGCUAUCGACCUCCACACUUCAACCACUACUAAGGGUCUGUGUCAAUUGGCGAAUUAAAAUUAUUUUUUACUUAAAUUUGACAGUUCAACACUUAAACUUGACAGUUUUCCUAAGGAAAUAAUUAUCGAACUGUCAAGUUUAAGUGAAAAUUAAUUUUAAUUCGCCAAUUGGCACAGACUCUAACUAGUGAGUUCCAUCUUGUGGCAUUGAUUGGUAGUGGCGGUAGCGGCGGUGGCGCCAUUAUUGUCAUCAUAUGCAAGGGACACUGAACCAAACGUGCACAUUGAAUUCCCCGCAAUGUGUCAGCGGGAUUGGGCAACUAGAUACACAACGCACCCACACAUACACGCGCAUUACUAGCGAGACCCAUUCACAGGUGAAUGAGAAACAGUUAACACGUGCAAGACGAAGAAAAAUAAGACAGCGAAGCACAAACGCAAAAACGCAAAUCAAAGUUGAAUCAAAACUGAUAAAAAAAUGCAAUAAAGACUGGUACGGUUCCUGGACAAGAAUCUUAAUAUACUUCAAUCUAGCGUUUAUACAUUUAUAUAUUAUAGGUUGUAGAGCUUAUUAGGGUAUAGGAAACUUACAUUGUAGCAAACAAACAAAAGAAAACAAACACACACAAACAAACCUAGGAGCUUUACACAUGCGCGGAGAAAAGUAAUACACUUAAAGUAAAAUACACACGAAAGUCUGGGAGAAACUACCCAGCGCGAUCCUUGCCGAUUCCCUCGGAAUCGGAACUUUAAACAGAGUGUUCAUUUGAAAGAGAGUGCACCGCCCCCCACAAUAGUAGUUUACGCAACAAGGUGCAGAAUGAUGAUUUUUACAGCACGAGCCGUACGUUUAUCCAACGAGGCUUGCCGAGUUGGAUAAUUACGAUGAGUGCUGUAAAAAUCGAGUUCUGCACCGAGUUGCGUACAACGUUUUUUGCAACUUCAUAAAUUACCACUUGAGGAUAGUUUUGAACAAAAUUUUUCAUCAGACUGCACACUGAUGUUCAUAGUCAUGAUUAAGGAAGUCUUUUCAUAGCAGGUUAUACAGUGCAGUUGUCACAAUUUUUCAAACCUGCGUCCAGAAAGCAUCAAUAAGUUGAUCAAAACUGAAAACAGUGCUGUAAUGGUUCAUUACGCAACGCAAAUCAAUGCUGUAAUGAACCAUUACAGCACUGUUAAUUUGGUGUGGGAAAGUAGGCCUUUUCCUGUCAGAUUUGCGUGGGGUAAAAUGGCCUAUUACGAUGAGAAGUUGCAAAAAACCCUUAUACAUCCCCCUCUUGUGAGAGGAUGGCCCACACCUAGCAGUAGGGCUGUCCACACCUACCUACACUACUAAGUAGAAUGGAGAGAAGAAAGACCAGAUUUACACAAAGAUAAUAAAACAACCCGGUGAAGAUCGACUGACAGGUGGAAAAUAACCCAUUUCCUCGGUAAUUCUGCUCGAGCGUGUAACGCGCUCUGUUGAAACAGCUGUCAGUCGCAUAUCUUCAUCG